CAGGAGAUGCCGAUCCCAUGGCCUGACAACCCAUUGAAGGAGAAGGUACCGAUUCUGAUCUAUGGCGGGAGUUCGGCAACGGGCGCACUUGCAAUCCAGUUUGCCAAGCUGUCCGGUUUUGAGGUUUUGACCACAGCAGGAAAAUCCAACUUCGACUACGUCAAGUCAUUGGGCGCAGACGCUGUAUUCGAUUCGCGCUCACCCACUGUGGGCGAAGACAUUCGAGCGUACACCAACGACAGACUGUACUACGCCUGGGAUACCAUUGGUGAACACGGCAGUCCGGAAGCUUCAGCGAAAGCGCUCGCCUCAAAGGCACCGGAAGGCCAGCAGCUGUACUACGGCACCAUUCUUCUCAAGGAUAUUGCGCAUUUCAUCGAGCGCAAUGGCAAAUUUGUAGAGCGGCCAGACGACGUUGUCUUUUCAAUGUCGAUUGGAUAUACAGCGGCGGGCGAAGCGUUCCAUAUCCGAGGUGCCGAGUUCAAAGCGCGCCCCGAGGACUUUGCAUUUGCGAAGAAGUGGAUGCCUUUUGCAGGCGAUCUACUCGCUCAGCAAAAGAUCAAACCGCAUCGUGCAGAAGUAAGAGAGGGUGGUUUCGAAGCGAUAACGAGCGGAUUGAAAGAUUUGAAGGAUGGUAAGAUCAGCGGUGUGAAGGUGGUGUAUCGCGUCGCGGAGCUGUAGAACAGGUAUAUGGACUUAUGUUGAGGACAGCAUCUUCAUGUUCCGCAUCGUAUCAUCGCGCGUACUAUCAGCAAGACAUCUUGAACAUUUCUAUCCAGCAUAUCAGGUCUUUCAGAUCGACUAUCAGGCGGAGUUAGUGUAGAACGGAAUGCAGGGCGGGUCGCACAACAUACAGCAC